CGAUUGAUUUUAUUAUGAUUACUGAACAGUUUACAGUACAUCAAAUUAUCAAAGCAUUGAUUUUCCUGUCGAGAAAAGCAUCUGCAAUUGGCAAAUUCAACUUUUUUUGUGAGUGUGGGCUAUUAUCAAGCUCAUAAUGCGCGGGAAACUUGGCAUGUCGGAAAAUUCGUCUUCAUCAAAUGGGGCGCAUAGUCCGCCACCGAGAGGCGCACUUGAUGGGAUCGCGGAUCGGAUGAAACGCAUGCUGGAAAGUGGAGAUCUGUCUGAUGUACAAUUUGAAGUAGGACGGGACUUCGGACCAGCGAAGAUCUUUCGAGCCCACAAAUAUGUGCUAAGCAGCAGCAGCGAGGUGUUCUACACUAUGUUUUACGGGAGUCUACCCGACAAGUGUGACACGACCAUCGACAUUCCUGAUGUUCCUGAAGAUGCUUUCGCGAUCAUGCUCAGGUAUAUCUAUACGGACAGUGUGGAUUUACUAGAUGAGGAUAAUGUUUACCCUACGAUGGUGUGCGCUGACAAGUACGACCUACGACGUUUGGCCGAUCACUGUUUCGACUACAUCCUCGCUGAUCUCAGGGCAGAAAAUUGUCUGCAUCAUCUGGAAAAGGCUCUUUCAUGGGGCACCCCGACCGCACAUAUCGUGGAAAAUUGUCUGCAUUUCGUGGAUGUGUACUGUCAAGAGGUCUUGGGAUCCGAAGACUUUGCUGAAAUUAAACACAGCACAUUGCGAAGAAUUGUGGAGCGCGACACGUUUUUCGCGGAGGAAGACGUCAUCUACACGGCGGUGAGCAAUUGGGCGCUCGCGGCCUGCGCCCGCAGUAAGUUGGAGGCAUCGCCGGCCAAUCGGCGGAAGGUGCUGGGACAAGUUCUUCACCUGAUACGAUUCCCGCUGAUGACGGACAAGCAACUGGCAGACGGUCCCGCUGGCUCGUUAGUGUGUGAUUUGACGAUGCAGCAUGAGCAGGUAAAAGAUUUCCGUUUGAUACAGAGCGGUUUGCUGAAAUCAUCAACGUUAAUGGAGAUUUAUAUUCACAAGCACGCCACGGAGCAACGUCCUGUGCCGUCUGGCUUAUUCCCCACGCAACCGCGGCAAUCCCCGUUGAUCCGUGUAGGCAGCAUGGAGUUAAAGCACAAGGAGGAGAUAUUCGUGGAGGACGGACUGCACUGGUAUCCUGCCCAAGUAUUAGGAACACGUGGAUCAGCCGUCGUCGGGCUGUCGCUGCACUUUACUGACAAGAUUGUCAAGGCCGAAGCGGACCAGUUUAUUCGGGCCUCGGACAUCCUGACCGCUGGGCAACCGAUCAUUUGGUGGAAUACAUCCUUGGGACCUUGGGGGCGUUGUAAACCCGGAACGUACUUAAAGCCGGACGUCGACCAGCGGCAUGCUAUCGAUGCGGCUGACUACGAACUAAAGCUGCGGCUCCGCGAUAUAACUUUAAGCGGUAUUCAAGUGCGAACGUGGAAAAAGGCGAGAGUUCACAGCAACGGGGGAGGCGCACAGGGAAACCCUCAGAGGAAGCGUACACUGGAUGCUGCUAAUCUUGUCUGA